AUGAACAAGCGUAAUUUUAAACCGUUAGCAGUUUUGCGAGACGAGGUUCAACAUGAAUAUAUCAAAACGCGUGAAGAAUUUUAUAAUUCGAAGAGAGUGGAAAGCAAGGCCUUUAUACGUGACAGUAGUAAGAAGAUAGAAGCGUUGCUUGUUCAACGUGACAAACGUGUUAAGGAGCUUUCCGUUCAGUUUACUGGAGAUGCAUAUCCUGCUAUAGAAAGUUUAUCUGCGUCCAAAGGGAAAACAAUUUUGAAAAAUUCAACCAAACCGCCAAUUUCAGAUUACCUGUCUGCUACCCAUCGUAAAAAACGUUCAGACAAACGACAGUCCGGUAUUAUUCCAAUCCAAAACGAAAUUCCUAAAUACGCUUUAUGGACUCCUAUUGCACGGAGUUCCAAGACUGAAGAUGAUCCUGUGCUAAGACAUCUUUACUAUUUCGGAGAAGACAGCGAGGACGACGAUGACGUUGACUACUUUGAUGUAUACGAAGAAAGUAUCGUUGGAAAGAGUGUCCAAGAUCCAGAAGAUGAGAAAAUCGCGAUCAGAACUAUGCACCGUAUCUUUUUACAAAAUGGAAUCUCACUCGCUCUCAUAGAAAAGUCGACUGCCACAAUAGAUUCAGAACCGAGUAAAGCUCCUUCUACUACAUCGAGACUUACGCGUUCACCUGUUACGGCUAAUCGAUCUAUUCCUGUUGAUGGCGAUGAUGACGAGGAAUCGGAUUCAUCUUUCUUUGAAGCGGUCAUUAGUGCACUUGCAAAGACAUUGAAAGGAAAAGACAUCAAGAUGAUGCUCAAUAGAUACUUAGAAUACGCACGUAAAUCAGGGUUAUCAUUGGACUUUUAUGGUGAAAAUCAAGCAAUUCCAAUGGAUUUGGACAAGUACAGGCCAUCCGAUGAAGUUAUUCCAGACACUAUGAUGCAUUCUUUUUCGAGCCUUUGGUGUCGUCGAUGUUAUGUAUACGAUUGUAAAUUACAUGGAACGGAUUUUAGGCCAUCAAACAACAUAAAGCGACAUCGCCUUCCUGUGGGCAAGACCAAGCCCUGUGGAGUCAACUGCUAUCUAAGUUUAAAAAACGACCAGCAUGAUUCAUACACUCCAGAUGAGUGGGAUGAUAUUGAAAUUGCGUUAUUUCAGAAGUCUAGCGAUCUAAUUGGUAGCAAGAAUUAUUGUAACGUAGCAGUGAUAAUCAUGACGAAAACAUGUAAACAAGUUUAUCGAAGAUUCCAAUCCCUAGGAAACCUUGAGAAAGAGGAUGAACAUGUAGAAAUCGGCUCUUCAUCUGAUGAUUUACGAAAGAAGAAUAAAAAGAUGGCGAAAAUGGAAAUCGAUGCAGAAAAUCAUUCGGAAUAUCACCCAUGCGAUCAUCCAGGAAAACCUUGUGAUAUCAACUGCCCGUGCAAGAAAGGAAAUGUACCAUGCGAAAAGUAUUGUCAUUGUGAUUUAGAUUGUCCGCGGAGGUUUCCAGGUUGUAAUUGUUCUAGUGUAGGAAAGACUUGCAGUAAUAGGAGUUGUUUAUGUUUUGCAAGUUAUCGAGAGUGUGAUCCAGACCUGUGUAAAUGUACUGCCUCAGAUCCAUCCAAUACGCAUCUGGUAGUACGACAUGGGUGCAAAAAUGUUGCCAUUCAAAGGGCACAAUCAAAACGUACUAUUGUAGGAAUUUCAACUGUGGCUGGCUGGGGGCUUUUCGUUAGAGAACAUGUAAAAAAAAAUGAAUAUCUAGGCGAAUAUAUUGGAGAAGUUAUCUCGCAAGCAGAAGCAGACCGACGUGGUAAAAUUUAUGACAAACGAGGAACUAGCUUUUUAUUUAACUUGAAUAAAGAUUUUGUAGUUGAUGCUACGCGAAAGGGCAAUAAAUUCCGAUUUAUUAAUCAUUCAAAUGAUCCGAACACUUAUUGUCGCGUCACCUUGGUUAACGGGGAGCAUCGUAUUGGAAUUUAUGCCAUGGGAGACCUUGAUCCUGGUCAAGAGUUGUUCUUCGAUUAUAGGCAUGUUUUUAGGUAUGAUGGCGAAGCUUUAAAAUUCGUGCCUCUCGAAAGAGAACGUCCUCCAAGCCCCGCUAAAUCUAGCCCAGCUAAUGGGAAAGAUAUAAAAUCGUGA